AUGUCAGCAAAAUCGACAAAAGGCCCAGGCGGCAAGAAGCCAGCCUCUGCAGCAACAAACCUCGUCGCAGGCGGCGGAGCAGGAAUGAUGGAAGCUCUAGCCUGCCAUCCUCUCGACACGAUCAAAGUGCGCAUGCAACUCUCAAAACGAUCGCAGCGUGGUGUAAGUUUCCCCCAAACCUUCAUACUUCCUCAAACAGUCAAUCUGACACAAGUAUCUCAANNGGGCUCUCGUCGCGGCUUCAUCCAAACAGGAGUUUCGAUUGUAAAACGCGAGACCCCACUCGCCCUCUACAAAGGCCUUGGAGCCGUGCUCACGGGCAUCGUGCCCAAGAUGGCCAUCCGCUUCACCUCAUACGAAUGGUACAAGCAAGCUCUGGCUUCAGAAUCCGGUGAAAUCACCUCCAAAGCCACGUUCACGGCUGGACUACUGGCAGGAGUCACCGAAGCCGUCGCCGUCGUCACGCCAAUGGAGGUUGUCAAGAUCAGACUGCAGGCCCAACAUCACAGUAUGGCUGAUCCCUUGGAUAUUCCAAAAUACCGCAAUGCUGCGCAUGCGUUGUACACGGUUGUCAAGGAGGAGGGAGUGGGUGCGCUGUACAGAGGUGUCUCGCUCACGGCGCUCAGACAAGGAACAAACCAAGCCGCCAACUUUACCGCUUACACUGAGCUCAAGGCUUGGUUGCAAGAACGAUCUGGACACCCUGAGGCUGGGCUACCUGGCUGGCAGACUGCUUUCAUUGGGUUGAUCUCUGGUGCUGUGGGUCCCUUCAGUAAUGCGCCGAUCGAUACCAUCAAGACCAGACUGCAAAGGAAUCCUGCGCAACCUGGUGAGACGGCUAUCGGUAGAAUCGUGACCAUUGGCAGUCAAAUGUGGAAGCAAGAAGGCAUCAGGGCUUUCUGGAUGGGCAUCACACCGCGUGUCAUGCGCGUCGCUCCCGGUCAAGCUGUCACGUUUGCCGUAUACGAGUACUUGAAGGAUAUAAUGGAAAGAGGGAGAGACAUGAGACCGGGUGGUAGUUAUGAGGAAUAA